AUGGUCAUUUCCCCGCAGAACUACUUCCUACAGAACCCCGUUCGCCAGACCGUUCAACAGGUCGAGGUCGACUAUGACCUCGAUACUGUGUUGAACAUCAAGAAGUUUGGGAGUCAAGAUGCUGUUUGCACAUAUGACAUGGCCAAUACGUUGGGAAACUUCAGCCAAUACAUCGGCGGCGACAUUAUUCUCCGCAAGUGGCCCUAUGACCCCUCCAACCCAUUUUUCGGUAUGAGCGAGGUAGAGACCAUUUGA